AGUACCGGAAUAGAAUAUGCGACGGCACUAAAAAAAUGCUUGAUUCGUUAACGUUUCUCUUUGAGAAGGUGUUCCUUUUCACCAACUUCAAUUUUUUUGCUACUAUCUUGACAGACGGAGAUAAAAAUGCAAACUACUUUGACUGGUCCUCUUUUAAGAGAGGCGAUUUGUUAGAAGUGCCGCGUACUCUCUUCAUUCACUUUGGCAUUUAUCUCGGCGACAAUAAAGUUGCUCACUUGAUGCCAGACAUCCUGCCUGUGCUUACCAACGACAGCCGUCAGAUUCAGAAAGUUGUGACGAACAAGAGACUACUACUGGGCGUGCUUUCAAAAAUUGCUAGUAUACGAAUUGACACUGUGGAAGAUUUUGCCUAUGGGUCCAGCAUUAUAGUGAACAACAUGGACAACAUCAUCCAGAAACAGCAACUUCCGAACGAAGAGGUAGCAAGAAGAGCCGAGAAACUUGUUGGAGCCACACCUUAUAGUCUGCUUUGGAAUAACUGUGAACAUUUUGUCACAUACUGCAGAUAUGGGCAGCCUGUGAGUUUGCAAACAGACAAGUUCUGCGAUGUUCUGAAAAGGAUCAUCAGAGAUCAGAGAGGUGUUAUGCUGACUGCUAUUUUGGGAAUGAUAUCCAUCCUUUAUCUUGGCCUGGCACCUUCCACCAUGCUUCCAACCAUUUUCAUCCCAUUCACCCUUUGGAUGGCCAGUUAACUGCAAAAGACAAAACAACAUAGUACUUGUUGCUUAAUAUAAAGGGAGGGGGGAUACAGGUUUUUUUUUUUUUUUUUUUUGUGUAGUAAGAUGCACAUUUAAAUGACUCCUAGUGAUUUCAAUUUUCUAUUUUUGAAUCCAUUUUAGCUUACUAUGUAAGCCAAUAUAAAGCACCUGUCAAUUUUAUAUUGUAUUUCUACUCAAGAUGAAUGGUUUAUAGACCAUAUAAAAUGUAUUGUCUGUAUCUUUAUUGUGUGUUUGUAUGUAAAUAUAGAUAUUGUAUACAGAAAGUAUAAAAUUGAUUUGUUUAACCCUAGUCUGUACAGUCACUUUAUAAAAUAAAAUUCCUUCAUUCACGUUAAAGCAGUCUUUUUAAAUUGUUAUGUGCUGUAAUACCUGAUAUGUAUGUGUUUCAUUUGCAUGCUGUAUGCAUGGUAGGUUAAACUGCUCUUGAAGAAAAGGUGACAAGCAUUUGUCUACUUACUCGA